UGCCACCGCUGCGAUGCCGCUGACCCCCGGCACCACCACAACGCCUCCUUCCUCACCGACUUCCACAGCCAGGAGGAGAGCACCUGGUGGCAGAGCCAGUCCAUGGCCUUCGGCAUCCAGCACCCCAACUCCGUCAACAUCACCCUCCACCUGGGCAAAGCCUACGAGAUCACCUACGUACGGCUGAAGUUUCACACCAGUCGCCCCGAGAGUUUCGCCAUCUACAAGCGCAGCCAUGCCGAGGGGCCCUGGGUGCCCUUCCAGUACUACAGCGCGUCCUGCGAGAAGACCUACGGGAAGAGGCAGCGGCACUACCUGCGGCCGGGGGAGGAUGAGCAAGUGGCCUUCUGCACUGACGAAUUCAGUGACAUCUCCCCACUGAGCGGGGGCAACGUGGCCUUCUCCACCCUCGAGGGACGGCCCAGCGCCUACAAUUUCGACGGGAGCCCCGCACUGCAGGAGUGGGUGACCGUCACCGACCUGCUCAUCUCCUUGAACCGGCUCAACACAUUCGGGGAUGACAUCUUCAAGGACCCCAAGGUGCUGCAGUCGUACUACUACGCCAUCUCUGACUUCUCUGUCGGCGGCAGACCGGGGCUGGCCGGGGUCCCCGCAGGCUCCCUGCAGCCCCAGUGCGACAGCUCAGGGGCCUGCCUCUGCAAAGCCAAUGUCACGGGCUGGAAGUGUGAGCGCUGCAAGGACGGCUACCACAGCCUCAGCGAAGGCGGCUGCAGACCCUGCGCCUGCGACCCCGUGGGCAGUGUGGGCACCUGCGACCCCAACACGGGGCAUUGCACCUGCAAGGAGACGGUGGAGGGGCACUUGUGCAACAGGUGCCAGCCAGGCUGGUUUAACCUGCAGCCCCACAACCCUGCCGGCUGCACCAGCUGCUUCUGCUACGGCCACUCCACUGCCUGCACGGCGGCAGACAGCUACGAGGUGACCCAUGUCCGCUCCGACUUCAGCCAAGGGCUGGAGGGCUGGGCUGCCGCAGCUCCGGGCACCGUGGACCUGCCUCUGCAUUGGGCUGAUGGAGAGAUUGUCACCGAGUGGGACGGAGAGGAGCCGGUGGAUUUUCUUGCACCAGAGAAGUUUCUGCAGAACCAGCGUCUCAGUUAUGGGCAGCUCCUGUCCCUGCUGCUGGGAGCGGAGGGGAAUGGGACAGGGAUAGAUACCGGGGUGCCCCUGCUCCGGGUCCAGCUGGUGCUGGAGGGCGAGGGGAUGGAGAUCACCAUGUCCAGCAGUGAGAGCCAGCCCCAGCAUGGAAAGCAGGCUGUCACCUUCAGGCUGCACGAGGCAGAGGAGGGUGCGGAGCCUUCGCUCUCAGCCUUCAGCUUCCAGCGCCUGCUCUCCAACCUGACCGCCCUCCGCCUCCGCGUGAGCCGUGGCCCUGUGCAAGGCAGGCUGUCCCUGAGCGAGGUCCGGCUCACGUCCGCUCGCCCCGGGCCGGGGGCACAGGCAGACUGGGUGGAGGAGUGCACGUGUCCUCUGGGCUACGCCGGGCAGUUCUGCCAGUCCUGCGCGCCCGGCUUCAAGCGGGAGAUCCCCUUCGGCAGCCCCUUCAUCAGCUGCGUGCCCUGCGCCUGCAACCAGCACGGGGACUGCCACCCCCUCACAGGGCACUGCCAGUGCUUGCACAAUACAGAAGGUCCCUCCUGCGAGCGCUGCAGCCCUGGGUUUUACGGCAAUCCCUUCGUAGGGCGCUUUGAUGACCUCAAGCCGUGCCCCUGCCCCGGCCACUCACCCUGCACCGAGGUGCCUGGCAGCGGGGAGGUGGUCUGCACCCACUGCCCCCCAGGGCAGAGAGGAAAACGCUGUGAGCUCUGCGACGAUGGGUUUUUUGGGGACCCCCUGGGGCAGAGGGGCCCCAUGCAUCCCUGCAUCCCCUGCCAGUGUCACAAGAACGUGGAUCUCAACGCCGUGGGGAACUGCGACCCUGUGUCCGGCCGGUGCCUGCGCUGCCUGUACAACACGACGGGCGAGCACUGUGAGAGGUGUCGGCCGGGCUUCUAUGGGGAUGCGCUGGCUCCUGACCCAGCUGGGAAGUGUGCACCUUGUGAUUGCAACCCUGACGGCUCAGCCCCAGGGCUGGAGGGCUGCGAUCCCAGCACAGGCCAGUGCCACUGCCUCCCACACGUGACGGGCAGAGCCUGUGGGCUCUGCCAGCCCGGCUACUACGGCCUGCAGCCCGCCGUGGGGUGCAAGAGCUGUGAGUGCCACUCGACAGGGUCACGGGAGAGCGAGUGCCACGCGCUGACGGGGCAGUGCUCCUGCCAGCCAGGCGUUGCGGGGAAGCAAUGUGACCGAUGCCACCACGGCUUCUUCGGCUUCUCAGCCGACCGGCUGAAGGCCAGGCUGCAGGAGAUGGGGGAAUGGCUGCAAAAACCAGGCUGCGACGCCCGCCCAGACCAGUCCCCCAUGCUGGGAGAUGUGCCCCGGGGAGACGGGCUGCCCAGCACUUACCUCCUGCAAGGGUCUCACUGCUGCUGUUUGCAUUUCAAGGAGAUUCCCCAGGAAAUCCCUCAGCAGCCCACAAACUGGAGCCGCUGGGUGCUGGAGGCGCGGGAGCUGGCCGAGAGCCACAAGGAUGCCAUGGCGCAGGUGGAGGCGGUGGUCAGGAGAGCGCUGCGUGCCUCCAACACCAGCUCCGAGCUCCUGCGGAGCCUGCUGGAGGGGAAUGCGACGCAGGAGGUGCAGCGUGAGCUGGAGGCCGGGUAUGAGGAAAUCCAGCAGGCGCAGGAGGAGCUGGGCGCUGGCGUGGCGGAGGUGGCAGUGGAGGCCAGGAGAGCUUUCGCCGCUGUGCAGCAGGCAAACACAGACAUGGCCAAGAAACUUCUGCAGGUGGCUGCACUGGGGCAGCAGGCACUGCCGGCGCAGGCUGGAGCCCUGGCACAGGACCUGGCAGCACUGGAGCAGGCAGCGGAGGUGCAGGAGUCAUCAGCUCUACAGGCCAUCGAGGCGUCCCAUGCUCUGGCAGCCAGAUUACGCCAGGAGCUGCAGAGGACUCGUGGCUUCGAGCAGCUGCGGGACCGGGCUGGCUCUGCCCACAGCACGGCCACCUCGGCCGUCUCGCGUGGAAAAGCUGUGCUCUCUGAUGCAGAGUCCCUCCUGGCCAGCUUGGAAGACAUGAGGAAGGUGCUGGGGCAUCGGAAGGGCCAGGCUGCCCUGAGCAGGAGGAUGACACUUGUGCGGGACAGGGCGAUGGUGGAGGCCCAGAGGAAGAUUAAACAGGCAGAGAAGACACUGGGAAACUCCUUGUCCAUCUCCACCGCAGCCCGGAGGAUGGCUGGGGAGGCUGAGCAAGUCUCUGGGGAGAGUGCCAAGAGGGCACAGGCUUUGCUGCAGGAGAGCAAGCAGGCCCGCAAGCACACCAGCCAGCUUGCCACGCGUGCCAAUGAUACCUGGCGGGAGCUCUCCCGGCAGCAGCAUGUGGCUGAGAAGCUCAGGGAGGACCUGGAGGAAGCACACCAGGUGGGGACAGAGGUGAGUGAGAUGGCAAAAAGUCUCCAGGAAGCCCGGGGCUCGCUCAUCUCGGACAUCGAGACUCUGAACGACCUGCUGAGCAGCCUAGGUGAGACCCAGGCGGGAGCGGGGUGCAGGCUCCCGGGGAAUGGCCAGGCUGUCCCGGUCCUGCGCUCGGGCCGCCUGCAGCUGGAGCGGCUGUGGCUGCGCCUGGCUGCACCGGGUGCCCUGGCUGGCCAGCUCAGCCUGCUGCAGCAGGAGGCAGCGCGGCAGCAGGAGAAGAUCCAGGCGUUCGAGAGCGACUUGGCUGAGAUCCGGGCUGACAAGCAGAACCUUGAGGACAUUUUGCGGAGCCUUCCCGAGGGCUGCUCGAAGUGGCAGUGACAGGUCUCUGGCCACCAGCCCGUUACCUCUGUGCCCCCCUGCACAGGGACCAGCAGAGCGAAGGACACCCUGCGUUCACCAGCAUCGAUCCCUCCCGCUGCUCUUCACACUGCCCUCCAUAA